CACACACUCUCUUCUUAUUUUAUCUGUAUGGUUUCAACCGAUCCCGGAUGGCGAUAUUUAGAAGGAAGUUUUGUUUUUGCGAGUUUUUUAUCCAUUUUAGCCGACUUGACGAGCAAACCCGUUGAAAGAACACGGACACUUUUAUGUGUAUAUAUAAUAAUCACAAACUGCCUACAAUACAUCGAGGGAACAGAGGUAGGAGCUGUGGGAGAGAGUGAAACACCGCACUUUAUAGUAACCUGAACACCUUCCUGCUAAGCUAACAUUGACUAGCUUUUACGAGCUAGCCUCUGGUUUGUGUUGAGGGACUGAUCCAACCAAACGAAGCCAUGGGGAACCGGGGGAUGGAAGACCUGAUCCCCCUGAUCAACAAACUUCAAGACGCUUUCAGCACUAUUGGCCAAAGUUGUAAUUUGGACCUCCCUCAAAUCGCUGUGGUCGGCGGACAGAGUGCUGGGAAAAGCUCUGUCUUGGAAAAUUUCGUUGGCAGGGAUUUCCUCCCUCGCGGCUCUGGCAUUGUGACCCGCAGACCUCUCAUCCUACAGUUGGUCAACAACAAAGCAGAGUAUGCCGAGUUCCUGCAUUGCAAAAACAAGAAGUUUGUGGACUUUGAGGAGGUUCGGUCGGAGAUCGAAGCGGAGACCGAAAGGAUAACUGGCUCCAACAAGGGAAUCUCUCCCAUCCCCAUAAACCUUAGGGUUUAUUCCCCGAACGUCCUGAACCUGACCCUCAUCGACCUCCCGGGGAUGACCAAGGUUGCCGUCGGCGACCAGCCGGUGGACAUCGAGCACCAGAUCAGGGACAUGUUGAUGCAGUUCAUCACCAAGGAGAGCUGCCUGAUCCUGGCCGUGACCCCGGCCAACACCGACCUGGCCAACUCGGACGCCCUGAAGAUCGCCAAGGAGGUGGACCCCCAGGGUCUUCGCACCAUUGGCGUCAUCACCAAACUGGACCUGAUGGACGAGGGAACGGACGCAAAGGACAUCCUGGAGAACAAGCUCCUGCCCCUGCGACGAGGCUACAUCGGCGUGGUGAACCGCAGUCAGAAGGACAUCGACGGGAAGAAGGACAUCGGCGCCGCCAUGGCCGCCGAGAGGAAGUUCUUCCUGUCGCACCCGUCCUACAGACACAUAGCGGAGCGAAUGGGCACGCCUCACCUGCAGAAGGCCCUCAACCAGCAACUGACGAACCACAUCCGGGACACGUUGCCGGGACUUGCGCAGCAAGCUGCAGAGCAGUACCUCGGCCUGGAGAAGGAGGUGGCGGAGUACAAGAACUUCAGUCCAGAUGACCCCCAGCGCAAGACCAAGGCCCUGCUGCAGUUGGUGCAGCAGUUCGGGGUGGACUUUGAGAAGUGCAUCGAGGGCUCCGGCGACCAGGUGGACACCAACGAGCUGUCGGGCGGCGCUAAGAUCAACCGCAUCUUCCACGAGCGUUUCCCCUUCGAGCUGGUCAAGAUUGUGUUUGACGAGAAGGAGCUGAGGAGGGAGAUUAGCCACGCCAUCAAAAACGUCCACGGUGUCAGAACGGGCCUCUUCACCCCCGACAUGGCCUUCGAGGCCAUGGUCAAACAGCAGAUCCGCAAACUGAAAGCGCCCAGCCUCAAAUGUGUGGACCUGGUGGUGUCCGAGCUCACCGCGCUCGUCAUGAAGUGUGCCGCCAAGCUCAACUCCUACCCCCGACUUCGGGAGGAGACGGAGAGGAUCGUCACCACGUUCGUCAGGGAGAGAGAGGGCAAGACCAAGGAUCAGGUUCUGCUUCUGAUCGACAUUGAGCUGUCUUACAUCAACAAACAUGAAGACUUCAUAGGCUUUGCUAAUGCCCAGCAGAGGAACACAGCCACCAACAAGAAAAGGGCCAUUCCCAACCAGGGACAGGAAGUCCUGGUGAUCCGCAAGGGCUGGCUCACCCUCAACAUCAGCAUCAUGAAGGGAGGCUCCAAGGAGUACUGGUUCGUGCUGACCGCAGAGUCCCUCUCCUGGUACAAAGACGAGGAGGAGAAAGAAAAGAAAUACAUGCUCCCCUUGGACAACCUGAAGCUCCGAGACGUGGAGAAAGGCUUCAUGUCCGCCAAGCACGUCUUCGCCAUCUUCAACACAGAGAGCAGGAACGUGUAUAAGGACUUGCGGCAGAUCGAGCUGGCCUGUGAUUCCCAGGAAGACGUGGACAGCUGGAAAGCCUCCUUCCUCCGAGCGGGAGUUUAUCCUGAGAAGGACCAGGUGGAUAACGAGGAUUCGGCCCCUGCGGACACGUUCUCUAUGGACCCCCAGCUGGAGCGACAGGUGGAGACCAUCCGCAACCUGGUGGACUCAUACAUCGGCAUCAUCAACAAGUCCAUCCGGGACCUGAUGCCCAAGACCAUCAUGCAUAUCAUGAUCAAUAGUGCCAAGGACUUCAUCCACUCUGAGCUGCUGGCGUACCUCUACUCGGCCGGGAACCAGAGCAGCCUCAUGGAGGAGUCUGCGGACCAGGCCCAGCGGCGGGACGAGAUGCUGCGCAUGUACCAGGCCCUGAAGGAGGCGCUCAACAUCAUCGGGGACAUCAGCACCACCACCAUCUCCACCCCCGUGCCCCCGCCCGUCAACGACGGUGGGCGGGUGGGCGAGUCCAGCUCCAACCACAGGGCCGCCGCCGCACCGUCUGGCCCCGUCCGCCCGCCCACCGUCAGGGGCGCCACGCCGGGACCCCCCCUCAACCCCUCCCCGGCCUUCGGGGUCCCGCUCAACCCCUCUCCUGCGUUCGGGGCGCCCCCCAUCCCCUCCCGGCCGGGCCCGCCCAUGAACGCCUUCGGCUCCGGCCCGGACCCCUUCAGCGCCCCGCCGCAGAUCCCCUCCAGGCCGGCCCGCGUGCCCCCUGGUGUGCCCAGCCGAAGACCCCCCGGUGCUCCUUCUCAUCGGCCCACCAUUAUCCGCCCCGCCGAACCCUCCCUGUUAGACUAGUCCUGUGGCCAGGCAACCCGUUUGUCAGUGUUCAGUGCGUGUGUGUGUGUGUGUGUGUGUGUGUGUGUACAUGCAUGCUAGGCCCGAGAGAGGGGGGAGGGCAGAGUGAUGUGGUUUCCCUGAUAUCUGUGCAGUUGUAUGCAUCGUCCAUAACUUGGUCAAAACCUAGUCUAUCCCAAUGCAAUGUUAAUAAGCUGCCAACGUUGUCGCUGUUAACCCUCCAUCGCCACCACUAGGUGGCAGCAUAACCUUUCUAUCGAGCUGCUCAGGCUGUUGGCUGCGGCUGCUGUGCUUUUGAAACGCAUGGCGUUGUAAAGUAAUUAUAAUAAUGACUAAAGUGACACGCAUGUUUCUUCUUAGAGGGACCUUAACAGCAGCUUAUUAAUGAACUUGUGUAUGGCAUAGGCUGGAUUUCCUCUCCCCUCUCCUCUGAACCUUUGAAGACCCUGAGACCCAACUCUAGACCUCUGUGAUUUAAACAGGCUGAUCCUCUCGUUGAUGUCUUUUUUUUUUUUUCUGGAUUUUCGUUUUUUCGAACUGAUGGGAAGAAACUAUUAGGUUAUUAUCAUUGUUAUUAUGGUGUUGAUGUUGAUCACGUGUUUUCCUUGUGAUAUUUAUUGCCCCUCUCCCCCCCUUUUUUUUUUGCCCCCCGUAAUAUUGCUUUAAGAAUCAAUUAAUAAUAACAGGACGAGAGAAGAGGAGUUGGGUAUGGCGGAAGCUUGAGGCCAAUAGCAGCCUGGGUGAUGGGCUAACGUUUGACACUUUAGCCACACACACACAGAAACACACACACACACACGCACGCACGCACGCACGCGCGCGCGUUCCGUGUGUAACUUUGAUCCACUGAUGUCGUCUCCGUUGACCACUUUAAUCCAAGCACUUGACCGUUCAGCCUUACAAACUGCAGCCAGGCUCAGACCUCUUACCGUAAUACUAUGCAUUUAGCAAAGGCAGUAGAUUGGGGAGGAGAACAGGGAACUCCAAGCCUGGAGCAUGAAUCCCACCAUGAGUCUGGUGGGAGUGCUUUGGCCCUUAUUCGGUGGACCUGACCCUCGUUCAAUGUCCCCCGAGGAACGUAGGGCCGUUUCUCCGCUCGUUGGGCCCGUGUAUAGGGGGCGGGAUGUCGCGUUUGGGCAGCGUCUAAGACACAGAGCCCAGCCGUUUCUUCGUGGGCUUUCUGUCGCACUAGCACUGCGCUGCGGAUUCCAGUGACAUCUAUAACAUGUUGUAGAUAAUCUGCCUGUGUGGAAGCACCAAGUACCCCCCCCCCCUGCAGCCCUUCUCCCGACCACACACGCGUGCUGUGGAUAUGAAUGCAAACGCCCCCCCCGCCUUUUAUACAGACGAACGUCGUACUAACGGAAGCACUAACAGACUUUUUAAUGUAGUGAAGGUAGAUUUGGGUCAUCUUGCCGUCGCGUUAUUUAUAACCUGGAAUUGUAUCGUUUUCCUCUGUCGUGUUGAUUGAAUCUCCAUAUAACUUUUGUUUUUGCUCAAAUCCCCCCGUUCCCCUCCUCAUCCCCAACCUCCCCUGCGUGUAAACAACGCGGCUCAUUUCAAGGGGAGGGGGGUGUAUCACAGGGUGGGACGAACCUGCUGUAUUAUGGGAUGGUAGACAGGGUUGCGCAGUGUCCUCCACAGUGGGGAUUCUCUUUUUUUGAUUUGAUAUGUGGGGGUAUUUCGAUGGUCCUAAUUAUUUUUCCAUAGCUGGUUUACUAACCGAGGGGGUUGACCAGUCAGGGUGUUGCUUUGACCCUUGGGCUACUUUUACUGUUUCCUGUGUUUUUUGAUUGGACCAGUCAUUGUAGGGGUUGACGACGUGGUGGUGGAGGAGUUUGGGAGGUUUGGCGGAGUGAAUCCACAUCCUGUCUGGUGCGUCUUGUCUGGCAAAAGAUGCUACCUCUGUCUUGGUUCUUCCCCAAGAGAAAGCACCCAGUGUAUAUAAAUGUAUAUUAAAUCCAAUCUGGCAACGUGACAAAACAAAAGAGGAAACAACCCACAUGCGCACACCUCUCGCAUUAAUAUCGGCCCAGCAUUCAGGCAGGAUGAGUAUUCUCCGACCACUUCCUGCUAGUGAGUCAGUUGAUGGAGUGAGGUACAGUUCUCACCGCAGGACUUCAACAAACGGGAGGUUUCCAGUAAUCUCCACGGUCCCUCCCACCUUCUCCCCCCACCCUCUCUGUGUCUGGUGAAGGGUUCAAAAAUGAAAAAUCAACCAUACACUUAUCUUUUAUUUUAUACUCUUUUUGUUUUGCAAAUCCUUGUCAAGUGCCUGUAGCAAUUAAUGGAUUUGAAUAAACAAAUUGAACCACUUUUGGAAUGAAAUCAAUAAAGAGGUGACGUGUACAAUAAAGGGUGCGUCUCUGGUG